AAAGAUUGCUGAGUUACCAAAGCCUGUUCCAGCAGUCGGACUGGCUGAAAGAGUGCAUCAGUCACCUGUCGGGAGGGAUUCAGGUGAUCCACAUCGAGCGGAUGGGUCCAGCUGUGCCUCUGGAGGAACAAUACAGCGCCCUCAACACUUUCCACAAGAGACUGUUGUCUCAGCGCCUCUCUCUGCACCCCCACAGCAUGCAAGGCCUCACAAUGAGCUUGGAAAAUGACCGCUCCACCCCCUGCCUGCAUGAGAAGGGCCACUUCAUCAUCCUCACCAUGUGUGACACCCUCCAGCUGCAGAACUUCCUCCAGAGGCAGGCCCAGGAGGCCCGGAGACGCAUGCAACACAGAGACAAGUUUGAGAAGGAGGAAGAAGACCUCGUUUCGAUUUGCCUGUAG